UUUUUGAGACAACACAAAUUAUGUUCCCCUGCCAAUGUGGGGAUACUCUGAUAUAAUCCAGAGGCUUAGCUCAGUGUUCUGAGUGAGCCAAUUCAUUAAGAGGGUACAGGAUCCUCAAGAAUAUUGACUCUGUGCUGGUGACCAGGGCUCAGGAAUUAGUAAUGGACUCACCAAGAAGCAAAGCGAAUGGUGAAAAAUAGAGGGAGAGAUAAACCUUCAUCUUAAUUAUCGACUAAUUCAAUUCGAUUCGAAGGUUUCCAGAGAAAACUUUAAGGCUAACCUCUAUGAGAUAGAAUCUAGAAUAGAAGAUCGUAAUGAAAUGAAGAGCACAAAGCCAACCCUAGAGAAAAGAAAGAGAAAAACUGAUGAAGUGGAUAUCAGGCAAAGUCUUCUUAAACUUAGAACUCGCUUACUCAACAACUCUAUCUCUGGAUUUUCUGCUUCAUCUAAGAAAGCACGGAGUGUCACUAAGAAGAAUCUCAGAAGGAGGUCUAAGUAUAUUGGAGUAUCAAAAAACAACUCCAAUUGGCAAGCUUUGGUUAAUGUAGAUCAAGUGAAAAGAUAUAUCGGCACGUUCACAAAUGAACUCGAGGCUGCAAGAACUUAUGAUUUAUACUCAGUGGCAAUCAGAGAAGAAGAAGCCUCCUUAAAUUUCUCUUACACCUCCCAACAAAUGCUCGAACAAGUAGACCAUUACCUGCAACACAACCGUAUAAAAAUUUAUGACUAA